AUGUUGAUAAAUGUAUUGCGCAGGCCAAAGCAAAGAGCGCUCAAGAAGUUAGAAGAGCUGUAUUUUAUUGCAGAAAAUUGUCGACGAUCGGUUACCGGAGAGGAAUCUCUUGUCGAUAAACGCAAAGAGUUUUGGAUGAAAUGUGGUGUCUUUUUCCCACCAUUUUAUCCGAGUCCGAAACCAGCUCCCCGAAACGCUUAUGAACGAAUGUUCACUCACGGCACUAGAGAAAACGAUCUUAUACGCAUUGUAUCUAGUUUCCUUCUCUGUGAAUUUGUUGGUCUGUUAUUCUUCGUUUCUAUUGCUCUCAAGUAUUCCGUCUUUCCCAGUCGAUUAGGAGUAUAUGUAAGUAUCGUUGUGCAGUUAAUAUUAAGUUUGAUGAUACCAUUCCCAUCCAUUCGAGCCAUUAUCCUGAUUGCUGCAGUCAAAUUAACCACUAGCCGUCUUCGUUCCAUUAUUCUCAUGUUUAUAAUAGUAUGGGCAUUUCAAAUAUCAGCAACUAAUACAACUCGUAAUUUGCAAAUGCUCGCAGAAUCUGCUGCUUGCGUGAGUGACUCGGCGAUUCAAAUUGGUAACAAACUUGUUAGUGAAGUUAAUAUGCAAACCAAUAAGCUUUCACUAUCAGGAUUAAAAGAACAAGGUCGUUUUUUCAUAAAACAUCUUGAAAUUUUUCGAAAUACCAUGCGCAAGUUGCAAGAUAUUGUUGUUAAGUUCGGUAAGCAGACAAAGGAUUACUUGGUACAGUUGCUCACAGUUAAAGAAUAUUGCCAGCGAUUCUUCAUUGGUCCCUAUUACUUUUGUCUUCGAAUUUUUGAUGAGAGCGCUCAGUAUUGUGAUCGACUUACUCUGUAUCGUGGAUUACCAGUUUGUAAAUUUGUGAAGGAUAUGAGAAUGAUUUGUGAUGCGGCACGAUUUGGUGAACUGGUUUGUGACAUCCCAGAGAAAAUAAAAGAAUCUCUGAAGUCCGGCUUUCUAACAUUUACUAAGGAUAAAAUGAAAGCUGCUAUGAACUCUGUUGUGAACGAUUACAAUAUCAGUUUUCUUGCAAAAGAGGCCAGAGCGGCAAAAAAAUCGUGGGAUGAAUUUGGGAUUUCGCUGAAUCAUACUAUUGAAGACAAUCAUACGCAAACGUUCCAACUGGAAAAAAUGAAGGAAGAACUGGAAGGAGUCCUGAAUCAGUUCGGAGUUUUUGUGGAGAUUUUAUCUACGACAAUUAGCUUUAUUAUUCCCAAUUUAAUCAUUAUAACUUUCCUUAUGGCAUUAGUGUACGUUAUAAAGUAUAAGCAGAAGGAGAAAGUGGAUAACGUCUACAUAACAGGAGAAUUUCGAAAUGUUGAUAUGCUGCGGGAAGCACAAGGGCAACCUUCUUUACUUCCACUGUUACCCAAAGAACGAGAAACAGCUGCGGGAGAAGGUUUUUUGGCAAAACUCUUGCAAAGAAUUCUUCAUAUAUUUCAUCCGAUCACAGGAAGUCAACAUAGCGAUAAUGACUGGAGACAAUGUUUUAUAGAACCGAAUCCACCAGAUUUCCAGCUGAUUCGGCUAAUGAUGCUCUUAUAUUUAAUUGCCUUUUUACUUUGUAUUCUGCAGGUAUAUGUAGUAAGAUGUCGACAUUUGAUUGCGCAACAUUAUUGGCCAGAAAGAACAAAACCACGCACUUUAUGGUUGUAUAAUCAAGUACUCGAAGGUCGCAAAAAUAUUUUGACACAAUUGAUAAAAGCUGCCAAGGAAAAGGAGCUUAAAGAUCAGCUGGUUGAAGAUGAAAUUAGCGGACGGGGAAAUCUUGUAAAUCGUGGCUUGACGGUGUUAGGUGCUGAUCAAUACAGAUGUGUCAGAUGUUUUCGAUCAGAUCUCAGUAUCGCCGAUGCAAGAUUAGUUAACUCAUAG